AUGGCGCUGAGCCCGCGGGGGCCAGGCCGGUCCGCGGCGGGGGCGUCGGCGCCCGGGCCGCCCCGGGCCUUCCUGAGGAGCCUGCGGACCCUGUUCGACAUCCUGGACGACGGGCGGAGGGGCUACGUCCAGCUGCGGGACAUCGAGUCCCGCUGGCGGGAGGCGGACGCCCGGGACCUGCCCCGGGGCGUACCGGACGCCCUGCGCGGCGUGGCCCAGGCCGGCGGCCGGCUGACCUUCGACGGGCUGGUGGCGGGGCUGCGGACCUCCCUGCUCGGCGCCGACGGCCCCCGACGGGACCCCGGCGGCGGCCCGGCCCCGGAAUGCUCUGGCCGCCCCCACCGGCGCGGCCGUGUGGAGCAGAGACGUCACACCAUCACCGACGGCGUGGACUACAGCACGCUGCAGCAGAUGAGGGAGCUGGAGCGAGAGAAAGCCAUCCUGCUUCAGGGCCUGGAGAUGAUGGAGCAGAGUCACCAGUGGUACCGGCGGCAGAUACAGUUGGUCAACGAGCGCCAGAGGCAGCUGGGAAAAAGCAAGAAGAGUAACGACGCCGUGGACGAGGGGAGCGUCAGUCCCCUGGGGCAGCUGCUGCCCAAGCUACAGGAGGUGAUCCGCUGCCUGGGAGAACUCCUGGCUGCCGCGUGCUCAGGAAAGAACGUGGGGUCCUCCUCCUCCGGAUCGAGCGUCCAGGCUGGCCCCCUGCUCGGUGUGGCUCGCCUCGCCGGAGGGUACCCCCAGGACCACCCCCACGACCACCACCACCAUAUCAUCCACAUGCUCAAGGAGCAAAAUCGGCUCCUAACCAAGGAGGUGACGGAAAAGAGCGAGCGAAUCACUCAGCUGGAGCAGGAGAAGUUGGCGCUCAUCAAGCAGCUGUUUGAGGCUCGCGCCCGCAGCCAUCACGAUACCAGCCAGCUGGACUCCACUUUCAUGUGAGCUCCGGGUCUGGGGGAGGAGACUCCACGUGGGCCCGGCCCCCGGACCCAACUCUGCGCCGCCCCGAGCAGCGAGGGCCCUUCUCAGCCAGGGCCCUCUCCGGCUGCCGCCCUCUUGGCCGAGCGAAGGAUUCUGGGACCCGCGGUGGUGGUCCGAGCUCCGGUGGCUGUCGGGAUUAGCGUCGGGGUGCUCCUGCUCCUCACCUUUGUGUCCCCCACCAAGGACUUACCCAGGUCUGCCCGGCCCCCGGCAUCCGCUCAGAGCUGGCGGGGUUGGGGACCAGCUGGGGUAACGGGGGCACGGAGGGUGGAGGAGGGGAACGCGUGCCCUCUCUUGGGCUUCCUCCAUUCCGGCUGGCGCGCCCCACCCGGCCGGGCUACACCUGAUCAAAUGAACGUGCAUAGGUUAAGACCCUGGAAGGAGGCCAACCCAUCCCACCCUGUCCUACCCUCACUCUGCCCCCAUCCCGCUCUCAUCCCACCUCCCGCCCAACUCUUGUUUCUGGCUGGCUCCGUCCAGGAGGCUCCAGGGGGCCUGCGGCGUGGGGCAGAAGAUCACCCCGAUCCCCCCCCCCCCCGGACCUGGGGGUGGGUCACCCGAGCCCUUGCCGGGAUGUGGGAAGAGCCCCGGGCCUCAGUGUCCGAAAGCCCGGGCCUACUGUGAGGUAGGAAGGCCGCUGGCUUGUGGAGGCAGGCGGUUGGCCGCGGUGCCUUUCCACCUGCUGAGACCCCAACCCUCCUCGGGCUCCCCCGGCGGAACUGCCCUGCCCGUCCAUUUUCUCCUUGACCUCACCCCCCUGCCCUCCCCUCUUCCCUCGGCCUAUCCUACUCUUUCCUCAGUUCCGACCGCCUCUCUACUUUGCUCCGCCAGCUUUCCCCUCGGUCCCAUCUUCCCGUUCUCCGUUUGGCCUUUCCUACCUGUUCUCCCCUCGGGUCUGCCCGUUCGCUCCAUCCUCAGUCCCUUCCCCGGUGAUUCCGUACGGGUAGCGUGCCCUGCACCGCGCGAUGCUCGAUAAGAGAUGGCCCCGCACAGAAUCGUGCAGCCGGGUGUGGGGAUGUACCCCGGGCCUGCGGGUCCCUCCCCUUUUCUUCUUGCCUAAGGGGCCCGGCUGGUCCUCAAGGAACAAGACCCGUGCCGACUCCAAAAGCAGGGGCCCUGCGGUCGUGGCGAGGGAAAGCGCAGCUGAGUUAGGGGCAGAGAGAAGGGAGAGGGCCCAGGUUGGGAUGUUUCUUGAUGAACUCUCUCACACAAACCUUUGGAGUUUCCCCACGGGCUCCUUGCUCCUUCUGAGGACCAACUUCACAACCACCCCCUGCCCCCCCCAAACCAACGCCCCACGCCGAGGGUGGGAAAUGAACACGGCUCCCACUGCCCCGGAGAUGGUUUACAAUGCAUUCUGAGAAAUCCAAGGGCAUUUCCCUUGGUCCUUGUGCUGCUGCUUUUUAUUCAGCUAGAGUGACCCGGCGUUUACAGCCUUUCUGAUUCUCCGUCUCUCUGCCUCCGUAUUUUUCCAAUAAAAAUUACUCAUCGA